AUGGCAGACCAACUAGCUGCAUAUUUUGUCCCAUUUGUUAUCACAAUAUCUGUUCUAACCCUGAUCAUUUGGACUGUGAUUGGAAUAUAUUUUAUCAACGAUAAUUAUUCGAACAACUUUGAGGUGUUCGAAGCGGCAUUUAAAAGAUCUUUCGAGGCAGCAAUUACUGUUCUAGCUAUAGCAUGUCCUUGUUCACUGGGUCUCGCUACUCCAACUGCUGUCAUGGUUGGAACUGGAAUUGGCGCUAGCAAUGGAAUUUUAAUUAAAGGUGGUGGGCCUCUUGAAACGGCACAUAAGGUAACAACAGUUAUUUUUGACAAGACUGGGACGAUAACGGAGGGCCAUCCGCGUUUGGUCCGUCUUUAUUUGCUUGUUACUGAGCCUAAUUUUUCUUUGUGUAAAAUUCUAGCUAUUAUUGGCUCUGCUGAAUCAAGUAGUGAACAUCCAAUUGGAGUAUCGAUUUCUGCUUUCACUAAAGAAUAUUUAAAAACUAGUGAAUAUGCGACAGUUAAACGAUUCCGGACAUCAGCUGGAAAUGGGAUUUCAUGUGACGUUUCAAAUAUUGAUGAAAUGUUAGCGAGAUCCGUAGCUUCUUAUUCAUCUGGAAGUUUAACGAAUGUUGGCGUUGAUUCUUUUAUACAUCUCAUCAACGGGAGUGUUGAACUGAAAUAUUUACAGGAUAAAAAUCAAAACCUCGCUGUUGCAGAAUCAAAUAAAAAUAAUUUGCGGACUGAAGGAGAUUAUCACGUUGUCAUAGGCAAUGAGCGUUGGUUGGCAAAAAAUGCGAUUUCAGUUAAUAGUGUGACAGGCAAUGUGAUGGAAACAGAGCAGGCUAAAGGAAAUAUCUCUGUUAUAUGUGCCAUCAAUGGUCAUUGUGUGGCUGUUAUAAGUAUAGCUGAUGCUAUUAAAAAAGAAGCACCGCUAGCUGUUUGGGCCUUACAGAAAAUGGGUAUUCGAGUUAUUUUAUUGACAGGAGAUAAUUGGCGGACUGCACAGACGACUGCUGCUCAAGUUGGUAUUCGUGAAGCUUUCGCUGAAGUGCUUCCUAAUCAAAAGCAAAUAAAAAUUGAACAACUUCAGAAAGUUGGGGAGUGUGUUGCAAUGGUAGGUGAUGGUAUUAAUGACAGUCCAGCUUUAGCUAGUGCGGAUGUUGGUAUAGCAAUUGCAAAUGGUUCCGAUGUCGCCAUUGAAAGUGCAGGAAUUGUUCUUGUUAAGAAUGAUCUUAUUGAUGUCGUUGGAGCUAUAAAACUCUCGAAAAAAACCACUGAACGCAUCCGUUUAAAUUUUAUCUUCGCUAUAUUCUAUAAUGCUAUUAGUAUUCCUAUAGCAGCUGGCUUGUUUUUACCAUUUGGAUUCGGCAUUCAACCUUGGAUGGCAGCUGCUUCUAUGGCAUUAUCUUCUGUUAGUGUUGUCACUUCAUCUCUUCUUCUGAAAACAUUCAAGAAGCCUACAAAUCGGACACUGGAGAAUCCAGAAUUUAGACGUCAUAAGGCUUACUUGGCUUCUGGUAAUGUUGAAACAGUUGUUCAUCGAGGCCUGGAUGAUUAUACUAUAAGGAAAGUAUCGUCUAGAGUAUCACUAAAUUCUAUUAUCUCUAGUAUCAACUCAAUUUUUGGAUCACAACAUAGUAUGAGUCAUAUUUCACGAGAAGACAAGGAACAGUUAUUAAGUUGCAACAAACUUUCUAAAAUGGAAGUUGCCGAAUCGAUUCUUAUUUGA